UCUGCUAUUCAUACAAAAUAUGAAGUCUAGCAGAUUUUUCAAAUAAAAAUGCAAGAAGACCAAAAAUAAAAUAUUGCUAAAGAGCACCAAUAACCACCAGAGCCACCAAGGAAUUAUUUUCUGUGUAAAAAGCAAAAUAAUAAAUUCUGUAUACUGGGACUAGCACAGAAAUCAUGGAUAGAAAGAGCAUUUUACAAGAGAGAAUGUGUUCACAUCAUACCCAGCACCAAAGACCCCCAUAGGUGUUGCUGUGGGCGUCUAACAGGCCAACACAUUGGACAGCCUCCGAGCGCCUCCGUUACUCAGAACGAGAAAAAUGAAACCAGGCUUACUCGCAAUGACAUCCAGUCGGAGAAGUGGUCCAUCAGCAAGCACACCCAGCUCAGCCCGACGGACGCUUUUGGAACCAUUGAGUUCCAAGGAGGAGGCCACUCCAAUAAAGCCAUGUAUGUACGUGUGUCUUUUGACACAAAGCCUGACCUUCUUCUGCAUCUGAUGACCAAAGAGUGGCAGCUCGAGCUCCCCAAACUUCUCAUCUCUGUGCACGGGGGCCUUCAGAAUUUUGAACUUCAGCCAAAACUCAAACAAGUCUUUGGAAAAGGACUUAUUAAGGCUGCAAUGACAACUGGAGCAUGGAUAUUCACUGGAGGAGUAAACACAGGGGUCAUUCGGCACGUUGGAGAUGCCCUGAAAGAUCAUGCCUCAAAAUCUCGAGGGAAGAUCUGCACCAUUGGUAUAGCUCCCUGGGGGAUUGUGGAAAAUCAAGAGGACCUGAUUGGCAAAGAUGUGGUCCGACCAUACCAGACGAUGUCCAAUCCCAUGAGCAAGCUGACAGUGCUCAACAGCAUGCAUUCUCAUUUUAUUUUGGCUGACAAUGGUACUACUGGUAAAUAUGGAGCAGAGGUAAAGCUUCGUAGACACCUGGAAAAGCACAUUUCACUUCAGAAGAUAAAUACAAGAAUUGGCCAAGGGGUUCCAGUGGUGGCCCUUAUUGUGGAAGGAGGUCCCAAUGUCAUCUCCAUUGUUCUGGAGUACCUGCGAGACACUCCUCCUGUUCCCGUUGUGAUCUGCGAUGGCAGUGGCCGAGCAUCUGACAUCCUUGCCUUUGGUCACAAAUAUUCUGAAGAAGGAGGACUUAUCAACGAGUCUUUGAGGGACCAGUUGCUAGUUACCAUCCAGAAGACUUUCACAUACACCCGAACCCAGGCACAGCACCUCUUCAUUAUCCUCAUGGAAUGCAUGAAGAAGAAGGAGCUGAUCACAGUUUUUCGAAUGGGAUCAGAAGGACACCAGGAUAUUGAUUUAGCUAUCCUGACAGCGCUACUAAAAGGAGCUAACGCAUCUGCUCCCGACCAGCUGAGCCUGGCACUAGCCUGGAACAGAGUAGACAUCGCCCGCAGUCAGAUCUUUAUUUAUGGGCAACAGUGGCCGGUGGGCUCCCUUGAGCAAGCAAUGCUGGAUGCACUGGUGUUGGACAGAGUGGAUUUUGUGAAAUUGCUCAUAGAAAAUGGAGUAAGCAUGCAUCGUUUUCUCACCAUCUCCCGGCUAGAGGAAUUGUACAAUACGAGACAUGGACCAUCCAACACUCUGCAUCAUCUAGUCAGGGACGUGAAAAAGGGGAACUUACCUCCUGAUUAUCGGAUAAGUCUGAUUGACAUUGGGUUGGUGAUAGAGUACCUGAUGGGAGGAGCGUAUCGCUGCAAUUAUACCCGAAAGCGGUUCAGAACUCUGUACCACAAUUUGUUUGGGCCUAAGAGGCCAAAAGCCCUGAAGCUGUUGGGAAUGGAGGAUGAUGUCCCUUUGCGUCGAGGCAGAAAACCAACAAAGAAGAAAGAAGAAGAAGUUGAUAUUGAUAUGGAUGACCCUGAGAUCAAUCACUUUCCCUUCCCAUUCCAUGAGCUGAUGGUGUGGGCUGUGCUGAUGAAACGUCAGAAGAUGGCCCUCUUCUUUUGGCAGCAUGGGGAAGAGGCUAUGGCUAAAGCACUGGUGGCCUGCAAACUCUGCAAAGCCAUGGCCCAUGAAGCAUCAGAAAAUGACAUGGUGGAUGACAUAUCCCAAGAGCUGAACCACAAUUCUAGGGACUUCGGCCAGCUGGCGGUCGAGCUGUUGGACCAGUCAUACAAGCAGGACGAGCAACUGGCCAUGAAACUGCUGACCUAUGAGCUGAAGAACUGGAGCAACGCCACGUGCCUGCAGCUUGCAGUGGCAGCCAAGCACAGGGACUUCAUCGCCCACACUUGCAGCCAGAUGCUGCUCACUGACAUGUGGAUGGGUCGUCUCCGGAUGCGAAAAAAUUCUGGCCUAAAGGUAAUUCUAGGAAUUCUACUUCCUCCUUCAAUCCUCAGCUUGGAGUUCAAGAACAAAGAUGAUAUGCCCUACAUGACCCAGGCCAAUGAGAUCCAUCUUCAAGAAAAGGAUCCAGAGGAACCAGAGAAGCCAGUGAAAGAAAAAGAUGAGGAAGACAUGGAGCUCACUGCAAUGCUGGGACGGGGAAAUGGAGAGUCCUCAAGAAAGAAAGAGGAUGAAGAAGUUCAGAGCAGACACAGGAUGAUCCCUAUUGGAAGAAAGAUUUACGAAUUCUACAAUGCUCCCAUCGUGAAGUUUUGGUUUUACACCCUGGCCUACAUAGGGUACUUGAUGCUGUUCAACUACAUUGUGUUGGUGAAGAUGGAUCGCUGGCCAUCUAUUCAGGAGUGGAUUGUCAUUUCAUACAUUUUCACUCUGGGAAUAGAGAAGAUGAGAGAGAUCCUCAUGUCAGAGCCUGGGAAACUGCUGCAAAAAGUCAAAGUUUGGCUCCAGGAGUACUGGAAUGUUACCGACCUCAUAGCUAUCCUGCUGUUCUCUGUUGGGAUGGUUCUCCGUCUGCAGGACCUGCCUCUCCGGAGCGACGGACGCGUGAUCUACUGCGUCAACAUCAUUUACUGGUACAUCCGGCUGCUGGACAUCUUCGGCGUGAACAAGUACCUGGGGCCCUACGUCAUGAUGAUCGGGAAAAUGAUGAUAGACAUGAUGUACUUUGUCAUCAUCAUGUUGGUGGUUCUGAUGAGCUUUGGUGUGGCAAGACAGGCAAUUCUCUUCCCCAAUGAGGAGCCUUCGUGGAAGCUGGCGAAAAACAUUUUUUACAUGCCUUACUGGAUGAUCUAUGGGGAAGUGUUUGCAGACCAGAUAGACCCACCUUGUGGUCAAAAUGAAACCCGAGAAGAUGGCAAAAUAAUCCAGCUACCUCCCUGCAAGACAGGAGCAUGGAUCGUUCCUGCCAUCAUGGCCUGCUACCUCUUGGUGGCAAACAUCCUUUUGGUGAAUCUCCUCAUUGCAGUUUUCAACAACACAUUUUUCGAAGUAAAAUCUAUAUCAAACCAAGUUUGGAAGUUUCAAAGGUACCAGCUCAUCAUGACAUUCCAUGAAAGACCUGUUCUCCCACCACCUCUGAUCAUUUUCAGCCACAUGACGAUGAUAUUUCAACACCUCUGCUGCAGAUGGAGGAAGCAUGAAAGUGACCCGGACGAGAGAGACUAUGGAUUGAAACUUUUCAUAACUGAGGAUGAAUUGAAAAAGGUCCAUGACUUUGAGGAGCAGUGCAUAGAGGAGUAUUUCAGAGAAAAGGAUGACAGAUUCAACUCUUCCAAUGAUGAAAGAAUCCGUGUCACUUCAGAAAGGGUGGAGAACAUGGCCAUGCGACUGGAAGAAGUAAAUGAGAGAGAGCACUGCAUGAAGGCCUCUCUGCAGACCGUUGACAUCAGGCUUGCUCAGCUGGAAGACAUGAUGGGACGGAUGGUGACUGCCUUAGAAAAAAUGACUGGCAUUGACAGAGGCGAGACGACUAAGAUACGAUCCAGGACCUCAUCUGACUGUACUGAUGCAGCCUACAUUGUGAGGCAGAGUAGCUUCAACAGUCAGGAAGGAAAUGCCUACAAGCUUCAAGAGAGCAUUGAUCCCACAGGAGAGGAGUCCAUGUCCCCAACGUCACCUACAAUCACACCCCGCAUGCGAAGCCACUCCUUCUAUGCAACAAAUAUAAAGGACAAGUGUGGGCUGGAAAAGUUGGAAAGCAUUUUUAAGGAGAGAUCUCCAAGCCUGCAUCGGGCAAUCAGUUCCCACUCAAUAGCUAAAGAAGGAAAGGCUCCCUUGCCCCCUACCAGCACUUUGUCAAUCGCCCCAGACUCCAGAAGACCUUCAUCUUGUAUAGACAUCUACGUUUCUGCCAUGGAUGAGAUGCAUUCUGACACAGAACCUCUUGACAGCUCCAUAAAUAUUCUUGGUCCUGAAGAUGCAGCUCUGCCAGCUCACAUAGCCUCUUCUCUUUUAACUAAUAGUGCAUACAUCAGCAGUACAGCUGGUGAAAAGAUCUCUGGCAGGAGUCUUGAUUAUGAGGAAACUUCUGGAAUAGAAACAAGAGCAUUUUCUUCAGACUAUUCACAAAUCACAGACUGCCAAAUCCCAUGGGAUUCAGACCCUCCCUUGUAUCAUACUUUAGAGCGAUCUAAAAGCAGCCGUUACCUGGCUACAACUCCAUUUAUUCUGGAGGAAACGCCAAUUGUGAAAUCUCACAGUUUCAUGUUCUCUCCUUCUCGAAGCUACUUCAGCAGCCUUGGUGUCCCAGUCAAAACAGCAGAGUACACAAGUAUUACGGAUUGCAUAGACACGAGGUGUGUGAGUGCUCCCCAAGCCAUUGCAGAGAGGGCCAGUUUCCCUGGAAGUCUCAGGGGCAAAGUGGAAGACUUGGGAUGCUGUCACCCAGAGAGAGAAGCUGAACUAACCCACCCAAGCUCUGAUCAUGAGGAUGUUGAGGUCAAAGACAAGAAAGGAAUCCCCUUGUCUCCUCAAGACAGCAGUGCUCCAACAACUCUGCCCAACAGCAUCCCACUCCCAAAAAUAGAGCGAGCCAACAGCUACUCUGCUGAGGAGUCCAAUGUGUUGUAUGCACAGCACACACGAAAGAGCUACUCCAUCAGUGACAAACUUGACAGACAGCGAAACACAGCAGGCCCGCGGAACCCCUUGGAGAGGAGUAAGCCCUCAAGGCCAGAGAGCAAAGGGGACAACCUGUCCAUGAGGAGACUGUCAAGAACAGGAGCCUUCUGCAGUUUUGAAAGCAAGCACAGCUAG